CCAUGGCCAUCAAACACUCUUCUUCUGCCGCAUCUAGUCACAACAAAUAUCUCAAAUCAUAGCCUCAACUUCAAUAAACAGCAUACAGGAGGAAAUAUCACAGAAAGGAUUCUAGGUGCAAAAUGAUGCAGGCAUCGGGAAACUAGUCGACAGCAUCAUCAAAAACAAUUAUCCGACACAGAAGGAAGAGGGCAUGGGCCUAUGCAGAGCGGCGGUAUUCAAGAAUCCACAUGUUUCGGAAGUUGUUAAGUCUUUCUUCCCUCGAUCGACACUUGGAUUCUACAGAUUCUUUGGGAAAACCUCAAAGAAACACUGUAAUUUAAACUACUCGGCAGACAUGCGGAUCCCACGUGCCUCAGCAAUGCUAUCAUCGCGCUUCGCGAUCGGCUCAGCUCUCAUAACUCAAUCCAAUACAGCACGACGAUCACCAUGGGAUUCACUCUCCCAGUUCAGGAACAGGACGGAUUGAAAAUGAUUGGUGUAGGAGCAUCUGGACAAGUUUACGAGAUCGACGAAAACAUCGUGCUCAAAUCGGGAAGGGUGUACAAACCCCCCAAUGACGAUACCACUCCCCUCGAUAGAUGGCACUACGUUUCGGAAUCUAUCUUCCACUUCGAGCUCAUUAGCAACGAAAGGAAGAUUUGUCAGUUGCUCGAACAGAAUCCACAUCCUAACCUUGCAGAGCCUAUCAGCACAGUUCAUGCAGAGGGCAUCUAUCUCCGCCGGUACAACUCCAGGCCAGAGCUCAGCCAAGCUGGACGGUCACAACGCAUUUCUCUAUACCGUGACGUCUUGCGAGGACUGGAUCAUCUGCAUGGACUGGGAAUCGCCCAUUCAGACCUACGCAUGGAGAAUGUGCUCUUCGAUGUUCAUGGUCAAGCUAUCGUCUGCGACUUCAGCGCCUCCGCUAUGUUUGGCCAACCGAACCUAGCUCAACCCACCCUAGACUGCCCAGUUCCACUCAAUGGGCUAGAUGAGACAGUAUCAGAUGCUACAGAUAGGUUCGCCCUAGAGUCACUGAUGUUUCAUCUAGAAACAGGAGUUAAGCCUGAUCUAUCUAUUGGGAAUGCCGGUACUGUACUCUUGCCACAGGUCGAAAUGAAACACCCAGAUAUUGGCGUAAUCAUCAAGAAAGCAUGGCUUGGGAAGUUUGCCUCAACCACCGAAAUGCUUCAGAAUGUUGAGUCGAUCAAGAAACAAACGGAUAUGUCGACGCCCCAGCACACACCAACAAAGGACACUCUACAAUAUUUGGCUACUCAGUGGAGAGCAUAGCGAACAGCGAAAUAUGGAUGUGUCCUUUUUAGUCUGCUAACUGAAAGCCACUUAAAGCAACUGGCGGACCAAUAUGGAUUGGAGAUGAUUUGAACAGAUUGACUUUUAAGACAAAGUAGUACAGUACAUAGCUAAUCAAGACCACUCUCACUUCAUAAA